GUGAGGGAGGGUGCGUACAGUGCUGUGGUAUGGAGGUGUGCUGGACGGGAGACUUUGUACGUGUGCUUCAUGUAUCUGUUUUUUGAGUGGUUGAGAGGUACGUGUUACACUUACAAGCUGUCUGAGUGUGGCUUCCUCUGCACGCUCAGCACAUCAGGCCGUCAGCAGUCUUCAUGGUAGCACUCAGCAAUCGCAGUCAUCUUGCCGGCUUCAGUCACCGUUUUAUCUCCAGUCACUGUUCCAUCGUCACGCUCACUGUUGUCCCUGCGCUUCUCUUCGUUAAUGCCUAUAAGUAUCUGGAGGUCUGACUGGGAAUAUGAAGCGGGUGAUAAGCAAUGGUGCUGGGAUGCCUGGCGUAGAGGGCGAGGGGGCCACUCCAGCUGGUGAGAGUGACGCGGGACCUCCACCCAGCCCUCACCAGGACCAGGGAGAGGAGACACUUACACCAGGAGGCUUAGACACGGAGGAGGAGGAGGAGGAGGCGAAGAGUGUGGGUGUAGUGGCUACUGUGCCUUCCCCGCCCACCACCACCUCACAGCUGUUCUCCGCCAAGAUCAUGCUGGCUUGUAAGCUGUCCCUGCUCUUCCUGGCGCUGGUCAUCGUGGUGCAGAGCAGUUCGUGGGCAAUAUCAUCCAAAGGCAGAGGACCAUUGAUACGCAAAGCAUCGUCCCCACAACCAUUCUUCCCACAACACUCCUUGGUGACCGACUUUCACACUGGGGAUGUGGAAGGGCUCACCGAGCGACUGCUGGCAGCAGACCUUUCACUGGUGGUGUACUACGCGCCGUGGGACCGCGCCUCACAGACACUGCGCUGGGAGGUGGAACGUGCAGCACAGUACCACCAUGAGCAGAUCUACUUUGCUGCAAUCAAUUGCUGGCAGCCGGGCUCAGAGUGCAUGACAAGGUACAAGAUCCGCAAGUUUCCAGCAAUAGUUUUACAUGUUCGCACUUCCUCUGGAAUGGAAACCAAGGCACUGGCAUAUGGUGGACUACCAGAAGCUGCCCAUCUCAUACGUUUUCUGUCUCGCUGCUUACGCCCGCUGAACCACGUUGCUGCCCAUGCUGACCUGCCCAGGCUACAGAUUGAUCACAGUGCUGUGGUGCUUGGGUACUUUGACUUCACUUCUGCCCUGGUGCCUCGAGGCUUCACGUCAUACUACCUGGCAGCACUGCGGUGGUUGCAGCAUGAACCAGCUGGUGCUGUGGCCUGGGGUGUGGUGACUAAUCCUCAGGUGGCCCAAACCUUUGCCCUGAAUGCUUCUCAGUCCAUCCACCUGGUGCUGUGGAACACUACAUUGGCAUUUAGCAAUGCAGGUUCAUCAGAUAGUGAAGGCAUCAGCAACUGGGUAGCCAAACGUUUAGAUGAAACAGCCUCCUGGCUUCACCUUUCUGGAGACAAGAGCCAGGUGAUGAGCAGAGCAACACAGGAAGGUCCCACCUUGCUGCUCUUCUCUCCUGACAACCCAUACCGCACUGCUAAUGACCCUUUCACCCUGCUGAGAGAACUUUCCCUGGAGUACUUCAACUGCAACCAGUCGAGUAGAGUGUCCAUGCUGGCUCGCUACCUUGGUGUGUCUCGGUCCAGGGGCCGCACACUUCAGAGGAAGGUGGAGAAGGCCUGCCACUCCUACCUCGUGGAGCACCUACACAUGUUGCAUCUGUCACACCAACACCACACUUCUGAAGCUGAAAGGUGCUGUCAUGGCUGGGAGACAGGAGGGGAGUGCACUCCUGCACCUGAGGGAGGCACUGUCAUCCAGGAGUGUGCCAACCCCAAUCUUCAAGUGCGGGCCAACUUGCUUCAGCAUGUUAAAAGUCUGAUGAUGGUGCUAAGUGACUCUUGCCGAGAGAUGGUCCUACAGUACAGCCCCUGGAAGGACUCCUCACUGUGUUGCCAUGAGGCCAACACCUCUUCCUCCUCCAGCACCCCCACAGAGCCACACAUUCCCCUGACCAAGAUGCAUGCAGGGGAGAAGACUAUAAAAGCUGGCCAGCAUGACGACUACGUAGAAAGACUACAAGCCUUGUCAGGGGAAGAGCAGUGUAAAAGAUUGUUCCAGGGAUCCCUGCUUGGCCCUGUGCCUUUCAUCAAGGAUCAAAAUUCCCCACUAGAUAUCACAGGCUUGGGAUGCAGAACAAACAAGACUCUCUCCUUCCUGGCGGUGGAUUCCCUGCACCACCAGGACAUGGCCAGCAGACUCGGAGUGAACCUCUCAUCCCGUGACCCACCCAACACUGCUGCAGUCAUUGUGGACGUGGAGAGAGAGGCUCACUUCAUCCUGGAUGCCAGCCUGUCCAAGCACACUCUGGCAGCCUUCAUCCUCAACUACACUCAUGGACUUCUUGACAGAACCUUGGUGAGUGGGAAAAAAGAAAUGACACACUGUGGUACUUCCCAAAUGUGCAUCCAGGAACUGACAGCUGAAAAUUACUUCAAGGUCACACAGCAGACAGGCAAGACUGUGGUGGUGCUGCACUACAACAGUAACUGUGUGGCGUGCAGCAGCAUAGGACAUACAUUCCUGACAGUGGCACACACAAUGCGCCAUAUAGCUGACAUCACCUUUGCCCGGAUCAAUGCAGUGGGGAACACACUGCCAUGGCACCUGCACUUUGCCAGCCUGCCCACCAUCAUUGUCCAUCCUCCCUUCAGGAAGUCUGAGAGUCGAGUUUUUGAUCUCGCCCAUCCCAUAACCCCGGCCAGUGUGAUAUCCUUUAUCAUGACUGACCUUGGGCCCAGACACCGCCUCACCCUGGCAUUGCACGCCUGUGGGGAGCAGUGCCGGGAAGGAGUACUGCAUGAGGCUGCCAUUGCUUCAACCACGCUCCAGCAUAACAUCACAGUCUCCACAUUGAGGCUUCAGCGAGUUCAUGAGAGACUAGUAAAGGCUGUCCCUUUCUCUCAGGCAGCCACUGACUUAAAUGAUCACGAGCAGCGCUAUUAUGAGCGGCUGCGGCGUGCCAGGACCCGCCUCAUGAAGGACAUCAAGACACAGAGGAACAAGCUGGAGCACCUCAGUCACAUCCAGAAGCUGCUGUCCAGGCCACUCAAUCAGGAGGCUCUGGAUAGCAUGCGCGUGGAAUCAUUUAAUUACCUUAUGGAAAAGCUCUCUGCUGAUCCCUCCUCCUCCUCCUCCUCCUCCUCCUCCUCCUCCUCCUCCUCCUCCUCCUCCUCCUCCUCCUCCUCCUCCUCCUCCUCCUCCUCCUCCUCCUCCUCCUCCUCCUCCUCCCAAGAUCCUUCCAACUCCAAUACAGCCCAUGAAGAAUUAUAGGGGAAGGAAGCCUUAGAGUUACAAGUGAUGGAGCCAUUUCCUGUGAUAAACUUAUUUAUAGUGAAACUGUAUAGGUGGGAAUACACACUCAUGCACUCAUUGUAACACACACACACACACACACACAUGGUAGCUCAGUGGUUAGAGCGCUGGUUUCACAAGCCAGAGGACUGGGGGUUCGAUUCCCUGGCCGGGUGGAGAUAUUUGGGUGUGUCUCAUUGCA